UAUAAUAUAAUUGUUAUUACGAUUUUUGGCUAUUGUAGUCUGUACACAGAGAUGACUGGUGUACCACGAAAUUGACCAUAUUAUUAUUAUCAAAAAUAUUUUCUCAAAUCUCAGUUGUACACUUGUACACAGCUGCUACCACAAUCCACUACAACAGUGAUGACGACGAAAUAUUCCGUAUUCGAUGUAUGAUUUCUCUUCGCAUCGUAUAAGAUUUGUGUUGCACAUUUAAAUUAACUAAUAACUAUAUUAUACUACGGAUUUAAAUAAUACUUAUCGUACUUUUAUUUAAUAUUCGACGGGUAGUUAUAAACGAUUCAAUUUUCAAUAUAAUAACUACUAACUAGUUCAAAACGUACCUUCGAUAUAAUUUUUUAGAUAAUACGCAUAUUCCGUAACACUUCCAUACGUCGUUAACAGCUAUUUGUACAAUAUAAUAUAUAUUAUAUAUCUACCUACCAACUUUUGUUUAAAUUUUGAGUAUCUUGAUGAAUAAUAAUAUAUAGGUUCCUACAAUUUAUAAAUUAGUCGUUGAAUUAUCAGCUAAAUUGCCGGCUUUAACGUAACAUAUUAACCGGACGUUUAAAACGUUUAAAUUCAUUAUUGUUUUAAAUAUUGACAUGGUUUAAUUUAUGGAAAAAUAUUUAUUUAUUAAAUAUUGUUGGCCAUAUAUUAUAGGGUCAAGGUUACGCGUUUAUAUAUUACAUAUAAGAUAUAACUUACUUAAUACUUAUUAUAUUAUUAUAGUUAUUACUUAAAUUUGUUCACACUGUAAGUUAUAUUUAUGUGGUCAUCACUUUAUAUCAAUCCUAUUGGUUAAAUGUUGUUAUAAGCAAUAAAAACCAAUAUAAUAAUAAUAAUAAUAACAAUAAUUGUUUACGAGCGUCGAGCAGGUAUACCUUCUACCUAUAUUAUAUUAUUAUAAUAUAAUAUGCUUGGUUUCCAUGGUUCCUCUGAACAAUAACAAAUUAAAGUUGGGUACCUAAAUGCAAUUUACAUUAAACCUUUAAUAUUUUUACUGAUAUUUUUAAAUAUGGCUUUACAGACGUAUUCGAUUUUAUAUUUAAAUUUAAUAUGUGAAAUGAUUUAUGUAGUGGCAGAAAGAUUAAAAACACAAAAGAUUCAAAUAGAUAAAUCUAAAUUAGUUCUUAAUGACAUAAUUGCUGCCUCGCUUAACUGUCCAUUUUUAUUUGUACCAACAUCUAUCAUUGACAAAGAUAUUUUAGAUAAAAGUAUAUGUUGUGCGGUUCAUUCUUCAAUUAUGCGACUUAAUAAUUCUAGUAUGGAAAAAUUAAUGGGUUUGAUAGAAACCUCUGUUAAAAUGCAAAUGUUCUCAAGUAAUGGUCCGAGGCAAGUAUUACUAGUAACAUUGAAUCAUUUAGAUUCUAUCCGUGAAUUGGCAGGCACUCAUCAAUUGAAACAAAGUGUAGAUGUCAUUCAACAUAAUUUUUAUCAAACCUUUGAGAAAAUGACAAAUGGAGAAAUAAUGAGAAUGCGUUACGCAAUGUUGAACUAUUUGCAAGAUAUACAUGUCAAAGUUACCAUAUUUAUUAAAGAAGGUUUACAGCGAUAUAAUGGGUCAUUUGUUUCAGUAGGAAAAUGGGUGAUACCAUAUGGAUGUGAAGCUCCAGGUGUUAUAAGAGUAUUCAAUAAAAAUAGUACUCUUAUUGACAUCAGUACAUUUCAUCCAAUAUCAUUUUAUAAAGUGGAAACCGAAAUAGGUUCAAUUAAGCCUAAUAGUCCUCGUAUCACAACUCUUGGGCUUUCAAUAUUUAAUAUUAAUAAAAAUAUUAAUCAAUCAUUAGAAGAAACGUCAGAUCCAUUAUUUAAUGGCCAAACUAGUCGUGAUGGAUAUAAACAAGAGAUGGAUCUUUUUGUUACACAACUUAUGGGAAGUGAUAAUGAUAAUGAAGAAAUAGAUAAUUUGGAUCUAGAAAUAUUAGAAACUCCAUUAAAUUUAAAUGAAAGCAAAAUAGAAGAAAAAAUGUCAGAACACAAUAUUUUAGAUUUCAGUCAAAUUACUAGCAAUUUGUCUUUACAAAAUAUAAGAGCCGAAAUGGAUGAUUCGGUUUCAAGACAAACAGAAGAUUUACUAAAGAUGAUGCAGUUAUUAGAUUUAGAAUAAUUACCUAUUGAGAUUUUAAUCAUAAAGAUUGUUUCGUUCCAGAUCUCUAAAUUCUAAAAUAUAAGUUUUAAGUCGUAGUUUAAGUAUUUCACGACAAAUUUCUUGACUAUGAUCUGGAUUUAUAAUGCCCAUACGAUACAGUUGAUUUUCAUUAAUUCUUAUUAAAGCACGUCCAAUUAUUUCAUGCUGAAAAUAAAUAAUGAUAUAAACAUUAGUAAUAAAUAAUUAUGAGAACAAUUUUAUUUAAAUCUAAUUUAGUAAUUUGUGGUAUUCUGUUUAGUAUCACUUUAAUGUACGUUUAUUUUUUAUUUUAAGUAUUCAAUUUUAUAAUUAUGUUAAAUCAUUAAUAUGUUAAAUUCUUUUUGAAUUCUACAAUAAAAUAUCUAUUAUUAGUUUUAAA